AUGGUUCUGCUCAUGUACAAAUUUGUGAAAGAACUGCAGGUGCCAGAUAAACCCGCUCGUCAUGAAUACACGCAGAUCCUGAUCUUCAGACUGGAGCAGGAGCCGCUGGAGGAACAUCUGAAACUCUCGCUGAAGAUGGAGUUUGAUAAGGAGGAUCGUGAAGAAGACACGAGUGACUCUGACUCAUGCGGAACUACAGAUGAAGAAACUGAGGAGGAAGAAGAUCUGAUGGUAGAGGAAAGUGAAGAACUCAGUUUAGAUGAAAGUGAGGAACUGAGUGAAGAGGAACAUCAGAAAUCUGACAAUUUCAAAACUGGACAGAAAUCUAAAAAGACUGUGUCACGAAAAAGAGCCGGAAGAGCAGGAUCUGGAAAGACAUACACCUGCCGUCUGUGUGGAAAGAGCGUCACAACGAAAGCAAGCCUGAAGGAUCACACGAUGAUUCACACUGGAGAGACGCCGUUCCCAUGCAGUCACUGUGGAAAAGGGUUCAGAUACAAGGUAGCCCUUAAGGAACACAUACGGAUUCACACCGGAGAGAAGCCUUUCCCAUGCCGUCACUGCGGGAAGAGUUUCAGACACAGAGCAAGCCUGAAGGGACACACAAAAACUCACACCGGAGAGAAGCCCUUCACAUGCCCGCAGUGUGGGAAGAGUUUUGCCCUUAAACAAAGCUUCACUGUUCACUUAAAGUCUCACUCCAGCGAGAAGCCCUUCUUCUGUUUUCACUGUGGAAAAGCUUUCAAACGGCUGGAACUCCUGAAAAUGCACGAGAAGGUUCACAGCGAAGUGAAAGUGCAGAAAGUGAAGCCGUAUCACUGCGCUCAAUGUCAUAAGAGUUUCGUGAAGAAUAGAGAUUUUCAAAGACAUUUAAAAUCAUCCAGGCAUAAUAAAUACAGGUGUCUGGAAAGACUCAUGCUGCAAGCUCAAACCUCGGGUCACGGUUCGCCCUCAGGAGCAAAUGUGUCCCAAAAGAGCAAUAUAAUUCACUAGAACACAUUCCCUGCAGUGAGAAGCAGAGCGGGACAUGAAUAUAAACUCAUCUGGUGACGUGAAGGGAUGAUAUUCUUUAAUGUUCAGGAGUAACAACUGUUGUUUUAGUUUGUUUAGUUUUCAUAGUUACUCAUUUGUUCAUUGAUUAGCCUCACCUGUUCCUUGUUUUAUCCCUCAUUUAUUCUGUGGAUUAAUGCUCCCUGUUUGGUUCGGUUCUUGCUUUCAUCUAAAUGGUUUGGUUUAAUGUGCUUCUGCAUUUUUCCAGUGUUCCUGAGUGUUUUCAUUUAAUAAAUACCACUUUGUCUCUAGA